GAACUUGUGAGUUGUGUCGGCUGGACCACAGCAGAUGAACUGUACUCGUGCAGCGAGGACCACCAGAUCCUGAAGUGGAACCUGCUGACCAGUGACACCACUCUGGUCGUCAAAUUACCAGAUGACAUUUAUCCCAUUGACCUACACUGGUUACCCAAAACCAUCGGCGGCAAGAGACAGACCCAGGCUGAAAUCUUUGCCCUCACAAGCACCGAUGGAAAGUUCCACCUGGUCUCCAAGACAGGACGCAUUGAGAAGAGUGUUGAAGCACACAAAGGAGCUGUUUUGGCUGGAAGAUGGAACUUUGAUGGAACUGCUCUCGUCACAGCUGGAGAAGAUGGGCGGAUCAAGAUCUGGUCAAAAAGUGGUAUGCUGCGCACAACACUUGCCAGCCAAGCAUCUCCUGUGUAUUCUGUGGCCUGGGGUCCAGACUCGGACCGAAUCCUCUACACAUCAGGGAGACACCUCAUCAUCAAGCCUCUGCAACCCAGCGCAAAGGUCCAACAGUGGAAAGCUCAUGAUGGGGUUAUCCUGAAGGUGGAUUGGAAUUCAGUCAAUGAUCUGAUACUGUCAGGUGGAGAAGACUGUAAAUAUAAGGUAUGGGACAGCUUUGGCCGUCUGCUUUACUCCUCGUCAGCUCAUGACUACCCGAUCACCUCCCUGUCCUGGGCUCCAGAUGGAGAGGUGUUUGCCGUGGGCUCCUUCAACACCCUGCGGCUCUGUGACAAGACCGGAUGGUCCUAUGCGUUGGAGAAGCCCAACACGGGCAGUGUGAUGAACGUGUCCUGGUCUGCAGACGGCACCCAGCUGGCCGGGGCCUGUGGCAAUGGGCAUGUAAUCUUUGCCCAUGUGGUGGAGCAGCACUGGGAGUGGAAGAACUUUGUGGUCACUCUUACAAAGAGGAGAUCCAUGCAGGUGAGGGACGUGACGAACGAUGCGGUGGACAUAUUGGAAUUCAGAGAUCGAGUCAUCAAAGCCUCGCUGGCAUGCGGUCACCUGGUGGUCGCCACCUCCCUCCAGUGCUAUGUUUACAACUCGAGAAACUGGAACACCCCCCUCAUCUUUGACCUUAAGGAGGGAACAGUGAGCCUCAUCCUGCAAGCCGAGAAACACUUCCUGCUUGUGGAUGGAGCAGGGUUGUACGUGUUCUCCUAUGAAGGUCGACUCAUAUCUUCCCCUAAGUUCCCUGGUAUGAGAGCUGACAUCCUAAACGCCCAGGGUGUCUCGCUGAGUAACGACACUAUUGCCACCCGGGACCAGAGUGAUGAAAAAGUCGUCUUUCUCUUCGAUGCGCUGAGUGGGAAACCCCUCGACGAUGGGAAGCCCUUGACCCACAAGCUGGAGGUGGUGGAGAUCGCUCUGAACCAGUGUGGCCCAUCCGCCGAGAGGAAGAUCGCCUUCAUAGACAAGAACCGUGACCUUUACUUGACUUCUGUGCGUCAUCUUGGACGAGAGCCCAAAAUCUGCAAAAUUGGCAGCAUGGUGCACAGUAUGGCAUGGAAUGACACUGCUAGCCUCCUGUGUGGAAUCCAGGACAAGCAGUUAACGGUGUGGUACUACCCGAGUGUUGUCUUCACUGACAAGGAGCUGCUGCCAAAAACACUGCACACAAAGGACUGCAGUGAGUUCAGCGGAGCUCCCCACAUUCUGAACUACGUUGGCACCAAGGUGACGUUACGCCAGGGAGACGGUUCACUGGUGUACAGCAUCGUGCCUCCCUACCCGGCCCUGCUUCACGAGUACAGCGCCUCUUCACGCUGGGAGGACGCACUGCGCCUCUGCCGCUUUGCCAAGGACCAAUGUCUGUGGGCGUGUCUGGCCGGUAUGUCAAUGGCCAACAGGGAGCUGACCACAGCGGAGUUGGCCUACGCUGCCAUUGGAGAGCUCCCAAGAGUGCAGUACAUCAAAUUCAUAAAGACGCAGCCGUCGAAGGAGUCGUCCUUGGCCCACAUGCUGCUGUUCAGUGGUCUUAUCCAGGAGGCCGAGGCCACUCUGCUACAAGCAGGACUCGUCUACCAGGCCAUACAAGUCAACAUUAACCUUUUCAACUGGGAGAGGGCCCUGGAGUUGGCUGUCAAACACAAGACCCAUGUGGACACUGUUCUGGCCUAUAGGGAGAAGUUCCUGCAGACCUUUGGCACGAAGGAGACCAAUAAGAGAUUCCUGCAGUACGCUGGAGGGGUUGAGGUGAACUGGGAGAAAAUCCAGGCGAAGAUCGAGAUGGAGUUGUCCAAAGAAAGGGAGAAAGCUGCGAACGCCUCUGUGAGGAGCAGCGUGGCAGCACGACGUUAAUCCCCCUCUCUCUCUCUCUCUCUCUCUCCCUCCCUCUCUCUCUCUGAAGUGCCUCGAGAUGUAUGU